AAGUAGUUUGGUGGUGGUGAGUUAAUCUUGGGACUGAGUCAGAGCAGUCGCCUUCCAAUACCCAUAUCUCUGUCUUGUCAUCUGCUGCCGUCUUUUCUCAGAACUGCAAUUUCUCUCUCUGUUUCUUUCAGCUUUGGCGCAAAAUCAUAAAAAAGUUUUCACCUUUCUUCUCUCUAAUUUGUUCAGGUAACAAGAUCAAGUAACGACUUUUGAGUUUGUUCUUGACCGCUGUCUUCCAUGCCUUCGAUCAUGUCACCCCAGUGGCAAGACAAGGCAGCUGGUUUCUUUUCUUCCUCCGGAGUCAAGCUUAAAGAAGCCAAGGAAUCAGCAGGAACAUUUGUUGGUGAGGUCACCAAAGAUACAAAAAGCAAUGUGACUGAAGUGGCUGGACGAGUGGGGUCAAUGGUCAAGAGUCGGUGGGCACUUCUCCAGCAGCCAUCCACAAGACAUGCUGUGCAGGAUCGCUUGAUAUCAGCAGCUGCUACAACUGGCUCGCUCCUGAGGAGAGGCUUGUCUGGGACAAAGGAUAAGGUGGUUGUGGGAAAGUCCAAGGUUGAAGAGGUGGCAAAAAUUACAGCACAAAAAAGUAAGACUAUCUUGACAGAUAUUGAAAGAUGGCAAAAGGGAGUUGCAAGCACUGAUGUAUUUGGAGUUCCAAUUGAGGUUACUGUGCAGAGGCAAGAUUACUGCAAACCUAUUCCUCGGAUAUUGGUCAAUUGUGCAGAUUAUCUUAUAGUUUCAGCAGGUUUGAACUCGCCAGAUCUUUUUAAAUCUGAAGGGAAUAAAAAGGUUAUUCACCAAUUGGUUUCCCUAUACAACCAAGAUUCUAAUGCUUCAAUACCAGAAGGCACGAAUCCCCUUGAUGUAGCAGCUCUUGUGAAAUAUUACCUUGCUAGCCUUCCUGAGCCACUUACCACAUUAGAGCUUUAUAAUGAGAUUAGAGGUGCUCGGUCCAGCAUAUACUCCAUGAGAAACAUACUCAAGAGGCUUUCCAGUGUAAACUACAUGACCCUAGAGUUUAUAACCGCCCUUCUACUCCGAGUUAGCCAGAAGUCACUUCUCAACAAGAUGGAUGCUCGGAGCUUAGCUAUGGAAAUGGCACCUGUUAUUAUGUGGCAAAAGGAAAACAGACCUGAAUUUUAUCGUCAAUAUUGGAAUCAGAUGUCAAGAAGUCCUUCCGAAAAGAGUGUGGAUACACCACCUGGUUCAUUUGCUGCCUGGGACAUGCUUUCCGAUGAUGGUGAAGCCAUAGACGCAUCCUCUCCUAUUCCUUUGGAUGAUGGCACGCCAGUAGACUUUGGUGCAAUUGAAGUUAUUCAGUUGCUCGUGGAGCAUCAUAAUGCAAUCUUCACAGAUGCAAAUGAGACAGUUUGGAAAUGAAUUGUUUUACUCCUCUUCCUGUAUUUGUUGGCUGACUUGGAUAUAUUGGUCUAGGAAUAUUUUUUUCCCGAUCUGGUCAAGAAGAUCAUUCUUAAGAAGCUAUAUUUGAAGUUAUCCACAAUCAUUUAGCUGCAAAAUGAUGUUUGGAUAUUACCGGUCGGUUCUAGUGAUAAGAGUAUUUGUUUUUCAAUUUAUUUUGCUUUUAGAGAGUGACGAUUUUACUUCACGAGAAAUGUUAGUGACACUUGUAUAACACACUCUUCGUAACACACACUCUAUGAUUGGUUAAAAUUUGUUGAAAACUACUGAAAGAGAAUCAUUAAAUGAGUAGUUUGACCCAUCAAAAUUUGUGAAUUCCCACAAAAUUCAAUCAAUAGUAGAGUGUGUUCAAGAGUGUGUUAGGAAUCAGUGUUGGUAUACCGCUUCAUAUAUGUGGGGGUAAAAGUAGCAAACUUUGUACAGCCAUAAUUGCAGAAAUUAUUGUCACUCGUGUGCUCUGUUA